AUGGCGCAGGCACGAAGGCUAUUAGACGACCUCAGACGCCCUCGUCCUCGCGGUGAAGAGGCUCCCAAUAUAAAUGGGGUUAUUGCCGGCAGCAUUGUAAAUGGCAGUGACGAGCCUACUCCUCAGGCCCAUAGUACUGAAGGGCGUCAGGAUCUUGUUUCCGAAAAUGAACUGGCUGGAGACGGGCCAUCUGGAGGCAUCGAUUCUGAAAGUGAAAGAUUUGCUUCUGAACUCGGAACACCUGAGCAAGGACGACAUUUGAGCACCAGUGAUGAAGCUCACAACCAUGUUCAUCCCAGUGAAAUUUCCGACGAUGAGUCACUUGGGGGAAUUUACUCUGGCAGUGAAACAUUUGCUUCUCAAAUUGAUACCACUGAAGAUAGACAAGGACUCAGCAGCACUGAUAGAUGGAGCCAAGAACAAGGUCUUUCAAAUGGGAUUGUUGAAAAUGAGCAAGCGGAAGAGAUCGACACGGAAAGUGAAGAAUUCGCUUCUCAAAUUGAUACAUCUGAAUAUCGACAACGCUUCAUCACUAGUAACGAAGGGCGUCACAACCAGGUUCUUCAAAACGGAAUCGCUGAAAGUGGACAAAACGGGGAAAUCAGUUCGAACAAUGCGAGAGACUACGGUUAUGUUUCGUCAAUCGGGGCCAUUGAAGAGGGGCGGAGCUUCGGCAUGGGGUUUACUGACACCGCUAUUGGCAGGUCUGAUAGAGGUGGAGGGGCCAACCAUCCGGUUUUGAACGAGGAGGAUGAGGGGAGCGGGGGCGACUCCGGUUUUGGUGACACCGAGUCUAAUGGAGAUUCCGAAAACGAUACAGAAGCCCUUUCGGAUGGAUCUAACGACGGCACUUUCACGGGAUACAGGGGUCAGUAUCGCAACAGGGCAAAUCAGGCUUCAGAGCCUGGAGACCAAACACAAAAUGACGGAGCCAGUUCUCGUAGUCGCAUCCUGAGACAACUUGAUAUAGAAGUCCGCGGCGGUAACUUGGACUCUCCCCCAACUGAACUCCCGAGAAGCACCAGUGGAAACAGAGAAUGGAACGAUCUCGAAUAUGACUCGGAGGAGUCUGCCCCGGUUAUUCGCCAGAACUCAUUCCUAAGGAGAUUGAUCACGGAAAAUAACAGGCUCCCAGCUAGAUUUGAUCCAGAAAUGAUGUUCGAUGAAAACUGGGGCACAAGUGGAACAAAUCGAGGACCCUUCUCGGCGCCAGGCCAAAUCUGGGAAGAUUCACCAUAUGAUGAACUCGGCUCUUCUUUGAUCAUGCAGUUGAGAAUGAGCUUCCAGGAGAGGCACCUCGGAUUUCCACCGCCAUUGGCGGACGGAUCGGAUGAGAACAAAGAAAAUAUCCCCCCGCAGCACCAGGUUCAACUGUCCAAUACCGAUGACUUGGAAGGGGGUACCUCCAAUUCAAUCCAUGGUAGUCGUGGCCGUUUCAACCUAAUAUCCGGGAUGCGCGAGCAGAGUUAUAGGGCACUUGGGAGUCUGAUGUCCCUUUCGUCCAGGGCCAUUGAUUAG